UUUCCUCAAGCUUAUAGCUAUCAUAUCAUUGUAACAUUUAAGGAUUGGUUUUAACCGUUAAAGAAGGUGUUGCUCGAGGAAAUGGAAAGGGCUCUGCUGCCAUUGAAUAAUGAGAUCAGCAAAAAAGCGGUGUUUAAAGACGAGGUGAAAGAAGUGAGUCGCAUGGCAAUUCCAAUGAUAGUGGUGCAUGUGUGUCAAUUCCUGUUGCGCUAUGCACCAAUGGUUAUGUUGGGUCACUUAAGUGAACUCUCCUUCUCAAGUGCCUCCAUCGCCACAUCUUACUGCAACUUUACUGGAUUUGCCAUCCUUUUUGGACUGGCAACUGGGUCGAUAACUUUAUGUGGACAGGCCUAUGGAGCAAGGCAAUAUCAGAAAGUUGGCACUGUUACUUGUGCUGCCAUUAUAUUUCUAUUAUUCGCGUGUCUGCCAGUUUCUCUUCUAUGGAUCUUCACUGGCAAAUUGCUUCUAUGGAUUGGACAAGACCCAUUAAUCUCUGUUGAAGCUGUUUGAAAUGGUGGGCAACAGAACUAAUUGCCUUACAACUACUUCAUACCAUGUUCCUUCAGUGCUGCUGCAAGCACUCGGAUUUCAAAUGAGUUGGGAGCUGGGAAUCCAAAAGCAGUUAGAAUUUCUAUUUGUGUAGUCUUCGCUCUAGCAACUGUAGAGUUCCUUCUGGCAAGUGCGAUUAUUUUUUUCUUGCGUAAAGUAUGGGGAUAUGCUUUCACAAAUGAACAAGAAGUGGUGAAUCUUACCGAAGAACUAACUCCUAUUCUCUGCCUCUCCAUCAUCCUGGAUAGCAUAAUAACAUUAUUAGCCGGAGUUGCAAGAGGAAGUGGUUGGCAACAUAUAGUGGCCUAUGUGAAUUUAGGAGCAUAUUACCUGAUUGGAAUUCCUGCCUCUUUGUUAAUGGGAUUUGUUUUGAAUUGGAAAGAGAAGGGCCUCUGGAGUGGACUAAUCAUGGGGUCUAUAGCACAAGCUAUUCUGCUUUCUGUUGUCACUUAUCUCACAAAUUGGGCAAAACAGGUAAUAAUUCGUUUAGUUGUUCUGAGUUCAUGUUAGCAACGGUACAAUUGAUUUGCAAAUCUUAUUCUCAUUCUCACCUUUCCUGAGAAAAGAAUUCCUAUGAGAUUCUCAAAUCAAAUGAUUAAUACAGUUGAUUUGGAAAUGUUCUUCUAUUCCACAUUUUCCGAGUAAAGAAAAAAAAACUGGUUCUAUAAGUAGAUAUGCUUUUCACGAUUUUAAGAUUGCUUACUUUUGGUAUUACGGGCCAAGGAAGAAAGAGAUAGGUUAUUUUGAUGGGAAAGUUCCUCCGGAUUCAACUGACAUGAGGACAAAUGAGAUUAUACACGCGAACAAUCGGAGUUUUGGCUCUGAUACCAACAUGUAUGUUUGAUGACCAGCUUAAUUGGUCAAAUAUACAUAUGAGAUUAUAGGUUGUAAAGCUAAUCAGUAGCUCAAAACCGUGUAAAUCAAUAUGUUAUAUAGAAAAGGAAAGAUGGUCGA